GAAAUAAAGAAAACGGUAAGCACGCAGGUGAAGCAUGAUAACCUGUGGGAAUAUAUUACACAAUACAACUGGACAACGAUGAAGAAUAAGGAUAAAAAUUACCCACAUGACCACCCACGUAAUCUCAUACCAGAAUUGUGUAACCAGUUUUAUCAUUUAGGAUGGGUUACUGGUACUGGCGGGGGUGUCAGUAUCAAACAAGGUGAAGAAAUAUAUAUAGCUCCGUCGGGUGUACAGAAAGAACGAAUUCAUCCGGAAGAUUUAUUUGUUCAGACAAUACAUGGCGAAGAUAUCAGCCAUCCGCCACCGUCCAAAAAAUUACGAAAAAGUCAAUGUACUCCAUUGUUCAUGAAUGCCUUUACCAUGAGAGAGGCCGGGGCUGUAAUACAUACGCAUUCAAAGCAUGCUGUCAUGGCAACACUUUUGUAUCCUGGGACAGAAUUUAGAAUAACUCAUCAAGAAAUGAUCAAAGGAAUACAGAAGCAUAACUCAGGCGGUAACUACAAAUAUGAUGAUGAAUUGAUCGUGCCUAUUGUUGAAAAUACACCAGAAGAAAAAGAUCUAAAGAAAAGAAUGGCCUUGGCAAUGGAAGAAUAUCCAGAAUCCUGUGCUGUACUUGUUCGUCGUCAUGGAGUUUAUGUUUGGGGACCAACAUGGGAGAAAGCCAAGACUAUGUGCGAGUGUUAUGAUUAUUUAUUUGAAAUUGCCAUCGAGAUGAAGCAAAACGGCCUUGACCCUGAAGAAGUACCGAAACCUCCAAAAGGAGCUUACAUCCAGUGAUAUAAAACACUUUUACAACCAUGAAAGCCCAUAAUAAUGCAAUAUUCACAAAGACAUAACCACUCAACAUAAACAAUGUCUACCGUUAUUAAAUGUUGAGUUUAUGCACAAAGUUAUUGAUCGAAAAUAUUAAUCCAAUGUCCUUGUUGAUGAUUGUUUUGAAAGUCACAUGAUAAUUUGUGUACCGUAGUCCGACUUGGUAUUAAAUAAACAUUAUUUGAA